UCUCUCAGCAUUGGGCCAAAGUACAUGGAAUGUGUAAGACCUUUGUUUGGUCUGGCAGACUCACGUCAUUGCUCACGCAAUGUUAUCGUACUGACAUCAGUCAUGGGUUUUCAGCCUGGGGUGAGAGAGUUCAGUUGUUAACACAACACUAAAAGCAUGCAACACAAGGCCAUUGAAAUUUGAAGGAAAGCAGUAAUUUUCCUAUUUUCAAGAAUGUCCUGAGCUUUAUAUGAGGUGUUUCCUUUCCCACAAUAGCAGGACGCAGUGGUUAGCCUUGGAAGCAAUAUUUUUCUUCAACUCUUUGUUUUCUCAGCUCUUUUACCUGUCCCUGUGAUAGAUUUUAGGGCUGAGUUUAAAAUUAGAUCAGCUGAUAAAAACAUAAGCAUGUGCUGUAGUGGAUACUUGUAUUGUUCACGUGUGAGCUUUUGGCGGUAUUGAUGUAGAUAUUGUCUCUGAAUGUUGUUUGAAGAUUUGACUGUAUAUGUUUGCAUGUUAUUUUACUUUUAUUAGUUGUAACUCAUUUAACCCCGGUUCUCUGAUAACAUGAGUGAGGUGUCUCACUAUGGGCCGUGUCUGGCGCGACAGAUCCUUGAAGCGACAAUGAUACCACGUCUGUCAGCUGACAGAUCAAUCAAGACAGUGAUCCGGGAGUCCCGCCUCCCUGAUAUAUAUGUCACUGCCAGUGCUCCCUACUUCAUCCCUUCCCUGUGCGACUUCAAGGAGGUCUCGCUCGGUAUCUCACAAUGGGAUUUAAAUAACUCCCAUAAUGCAGAUAUGCUGUCUGAAGCAGGCAUGUCAGCCAAUUUAGUGAUGUGUAACAUAAAUCAAAACAGACAGAGAAUUGAGCAUUUUGAUUUGUAUUGUCGUGCUGCCUUUUUUUAACACCCUCAAGUUGGAAUGAUCCAAUGAUGGCGAAGCCCAACUCGCAGCAGCACAUAUGCGGGUCAAUAUAUAAUUGAGGGAGUUUUCAUGUCCAUGAGAUUUAUCUCGCAAACAUGCUUAUUAAAAUAAAAAUUUAAAAGUCUUCAGUUUUCUUCAUGAUCUUGUCUUUACAAACUCCAUAGUUAAUUAUUAUGGAAAUAAUCAUUUAUUUAUAAAAAUUUACUAGAUAUCCCUAAAAUGUCAACUAAAUAACCGUCCGAAAUGAAUUACAACCACAAUCUCAUUACCUAAAAAAACAUUUUAAAAACUUAUUCAAAAACAGUUUUAAUUAUUUUAUUUACAUUAAGUUGAGGUAAUUGUGAAGAAUGUGUCUUUUUGGGCAAUAUGUCACAUUUUCAAUAGAAAUUGACAAAUUAAAUAUGUGUCCGAGAAGUCGCUGUCAUCUAAGUUAUCCAUAGCAAAUACACCCCUCAAGGAAGAGUGUGUUUUCCAAAUCACAUGACCUGCUCUACAUGAUGUCAUUUCCUCCUGAAGAGAAAACUAGCAAGACUCCAAGGUAUGUUAUCCCUCCACAUUUUCAGUUAUUUCACCUAAAGUAGUGCUUGGGGCAAAUGUGUAAUUAUCAUAUGUCAACAAUGUUACUACAAUGAAUUCAUAAAUAACUUUGAAUUUCAAUUUUACUCAGUUGUACAUAUAAUAUUUAGAAGAACCUCUCCGUAAAAUGCCAUGUGGUGUCUGGUGCUAGGCAAUCAUUUUGAUUUUAUCCCUAAAAACAGCAAAAAUGUCAACUAGGUUACCAGUCACCUAUGUUACUCUGCAAAUGUAACUUAGUUGACCAAGAGUAACAUAGUUGACUUUCAUGACAUGUUCUUAUAGUUUUCAGGAGUUCAUUUAAUAUUCUAAUUGUACAGUUACUAUAAAAUACUUUGUAAUAAAUAUUAUAAAAGUAAACUUGUUUUCAGGCAAAUGCCACGAUUAUCUGCUGCAGAAAAGCAGCGCCGUUACCGUGCACGGCGAGAUGCUGAUCCUGCAAAAAGGGAGGCAUACUUGGCAAAAGGCCGGCAGAAAUGGAGAGAAAAGAGGGAGCAAGGUGCAUACUAUAAGCCCAUAUGUGAACAGAGUGAGAGGGAAAAACGUGCAAAGAGAAAGGCCUGGAGAAGAGCCCAGGAACAGAGCAGACGCAGAAAGAAACAGGCUUCUGCUAUUGUUACCCCACCACUUAGUCCUGACAGCGAGGAACAACCAGUUCCACAACCAGGAAGACAGAGAAUACAAGGAAGAAGGACUAGAAGAAGACGGUACCAGAAAAUAUACAUUGAGAAUCACAAACUCAAGGAAAAGCUUAAAGCUCAAACAAAAACAUCAGACAAAUACCGUAAGCGCUAUGAACGGCUACUGUGCAGUGUUGACUCUCCUAGCAAAAGAACAAAAAGGAUGCUCGGAACAAGUCCAGUCAGUAAUGAUGUGCGGAGAACACUGGUCUAUCAUCAUGCACUUUUGAAAAGCCUCAAACAAAAAUUUCAGUGUGCAGCAAAAGAAAAGACCAGGAACCUAAUCGCCAGAAUCGUAUCUGGAAAAAUAUUGAAAAAAUACAGGUUCCAGAAAAUCAUUCAUGACACACUGGGUGUCUCAGCCAAACGAUACUGCAAGAAUGUGAACACAAAUGGGGACGAAAUAGCCUGUUUUGCCAGGAAGAAAUACAUAUCCACACACUCAAAACUGCAAGACCAGGUUGUUGCCUUUUACACCAGGGAUGACGCAAGUCGUUCAACAGCAGGUAAAAAGCAGACCGUAACAAAGGGAAAAGUAAAAAUGCAGAAGCGGUUUAUGACUGACACCAUGAAAAACCUCCUGCUGGAAAACGUCUCUAGCAAACUUUCCUAUACACUCUUCUGCCGAAUGCGCCCAUACUGGGUAGUCCAUCCAACCAUUGCAGACAGAGAUACGUGUCUAUGUAAGGUGCAUGAAAACUUGGAAUUUAUCGUGGAGAAACUUCAUGGACUUAAACUUCUGGAGAGAACAGAGUUGGAAUCUCUUGCUGAGGAAACUUGCUGUAAUCCAACAUUUAAACCAUGCAUGUAUGCGGAAUGCAAGAACUGCAAACUACAAGACCUCAAGAUUCAGUCUGGCUAUGAUGGUCAAACCCAAGUUUCUUGUGUGCAGUGGACAACUGAAACUGUCCUCAGAGAGAAGAAAAGUGGUGACAGCAAAGAAAAGUUGCCUGUGAAUAUCACUGUGAAGAGGGAAAUGGAGAGUUCUUUGGAGGACCUGAUUGAGACUUUCCAGAAACAGCUCAAAAAGUUCAAAAGGCACUUGUUCAACAUCAAGACCCAGUUUAACUACUACAGGGAAUUGAAAAAGAACAUGAAGAGUAAUGAAUGCCUCAUACACAUUGAUUUCUCUGAGAACUACUCUUGCAAGUUUCACAAAGAGAUUCAAGCUGUCCAUUUUGCCUCUUCUCAUCAACAAGCAACUCUUCAUACAGGGGUCCUCUACAUUGGUGGUGAGGAAGACCACUUGUGCUUCACAACAAUUUCGCCAUGCAAAGAAAAGGGUCCACCUGCCAUAUGGGCACACCUCUCCCCAGUACUUAAACAUCUCAAGGAAACAUGCCCAACAGUGUCAAUUAUCCACUUUUUCAGUGAUGGUCCCUGCUCACAAUACAGGCAGAAGGGCAACUUUUACAUGUUCACAACGGAAUUGUACAACCAGGGCUUCACUGCGGGCACUUGGAACUUUUUUGAGGCCAGCCACGGAAAGGGUGCCCCCGAUGGGGUAGGAGGCCUUCUGAAGAGAACAGCUGACAGAUUGGUGAGCCAAGGUGAAGACAUUUCCACUGCUAAACAUCUUUUCAAUGCAUUGGUAAACACCAAUACAGCUGUCAAGAUCUUCUACAUUGAAGAGGCUACAGUGGAAAAGGCCAUACAGCAGAUGCCACAACGACUCCCCGCUGUACCAUGCACUAUGCGGAUUCACCAGGUCAUCACGCAAACACCAGGGAAACUGACAUACCGUGAUGUGAGCUGCCUGUGUUCAACAAGGCAGAUUCUGCAAUGUCAGUGUUACCAAGCUCAGGCCUUCGACUUCAAAGUCAACUCUGCUGUUCCUGCAUUGCACCGAGGACAACCAGACCUUGAAGUACAGUGGGAUAGAGAUGACAUUGUUGGUCAGUGGUGUGUCAUCAGAUAUGACGAUGAGGUUUACCCUGGAACCAUUGUUGAAGUGAGUGAGACACAUGUUCAUGUUAAGUGCAUGCACAGAGUGGGACACAAUCGUUACUACUGGCCUAUGCGAGAGGAUGCACACUGGUAUCCAUUUGAGGAUGUGCUCAGGUUGAUCCCUGCCCCACAGCAUGUGACAGCACGUCAUGUUGAAAUAAAAAGAGAUGUGUGGGAAGAUAUUGCCAAAUCAUAUCUUCAUGGCUAAGGACAUGCACACACACACACACACACACACACACACACACACACACUCAAAGAUUACUUGAUUGAGCUUGACAAAGUCAUUGAAAAACAAACCAUAAUUGGCCAUGUUCUUGGGUUAGAAAAUGGGGAGUUUGUUCUGUCUCCGCCGGUUUCAUGGGUGCCUGGAAGUUGGAGGCUAUGCCAAAGUUUUACUUGGGUUCUGACAUAUGAAUGUUUUUGAGAUACAACUGUUUGCACUAUUAAUUUUUUUAUUCCAAGGCAGCACACUUAUUCUGUUAACCAACAGAAUAAAACACUAUUUGGUUAUUGCUAUUUAUUGCAGUGCACUAUUAUUUUUUGUUUAAUACAAUGCACUACUGU